AUGCAGCUUUCAAGCAUUUUCCCCAGAGAUAAUGCCAAGGGCCACGAUAGCAGUCCUACUUACAUUCCUCUUGCUAGAGUUGAUCGGAAGGGAAUCCAAGACUGGUCUCAGUUUCCUCUUGAUAAUGUGCAGAAUAUCCGGGACUGGCAGUAUACGUGCAUCGGCCAGGGCACGGGGAGUUCUGGCACUGGAUCGAUUAAGCCUAGUCCAUCAUCCGGCUCGGCUCACCAAGAAAGAGGAUUGAAGCGAAAGUUUAGCGAGACAAGCGGUGCUCAGAGCCCUGCUUCAUCGCAGAAUGAGUCUUCUGUGGUACCCGGGGCUGUGAUCUCGCCUCGCCAUCAUCAUGACCAACCCGGCUACUCGCCAGUUGCCAGUCGUCUGCCCCUGGAUCAUUAUUGGUUAUCGCUCGAGUCUGUCACCAGUAAGCAGCAACUGGACUCGGGUAUUCCGUUCUCGAAAGAUGUCAGUUUCAUUGGAGACGGCCCGAUUUACCCUGAAGAGCUUCAACCGGUACAGACCAGUAGCAACUGGGAGGGAGCGCCUUCUGCCAACUUUCAGCAAAGGUUCCUAUGGUGA